AUGGCUGGUGCCUGUUCGAUGCUGUGUUUGAUUAUCAUCACUAUCUUCAGUACGUCUCUCUUCCACUCUCCAGAACUUCAUGAGACACCGUCCCCAUUUCUCAGCGCGGGCAAGAGCAACCCGGGGACAAUCCGCCAAGAUCUGAUCUCAUACUCUCAUCAGAGGUCCCUCCGGGGCUACCUCGGUCGAGACCCAUAUCUUAAUCUUCCAGCGCUAACACACCAUCCAGUCCCUCCUCUUGGCGUUUUCCUCAUCUCCGGCUGUGGCGCUGACUUCUGGAUCAACGUCCUCCUCACCAUUCUUGGGUACUUCCCAGGCCACAUCCAUGCAUUCUACCUCGAAUACGUCUACUACCAGCGUCGCGACCGGGAUCCCUUGACCCGCGCCUCGCAGCGUCCGGCUCCCGGCGUCUACUCGGAUCGCAUCCAGAAUGGAGGCCACGGUCACAAUCACGCUCAGCCGUACCAUCACGGUCCCCCUCAGCCGUACGCUCAGCAGAACUAUGGAACCAUUUAA